AUGGAUUCCGACGAAAUCGUAGAACCUCUCAAGGAGGAGGACCUUGAUGCGAAAUACCCCAACCGGCCUCACAACCGAGCUCCAUCCUUCGCAUUCCACGACCUAUACCUCAACCUCUUCAACCCUCUAAAUGCACUAAAGAAAAAGCCAGGGGGUCCAGCUCCAGCUCGCCGGAAGCUCGGUCCGCACGGAAAGAGUGCAUCGAGUCUUAAUCCCCUCGAGCUUCGCCGCGAUGUGAUCGAGCGCUUCGUUUCGCGAUGGCGCAAAGAAGUCGGCGAUGACAUCUACCCAGCUCUUCGAUUGAUUCUUCCCGACAAAGACCGUGAUCGGCCCAUGUACGGUGUCAAAGAAAAAGGCAUCGGCAAGAUCCUUGUCAAGAUCAUGAAAAUUAACAAGGAAUCCGAAGACGGCUAUAACCUCUUGAACUGGAAACUUCCUGGACAAGGUGCCACCAUGCGCAUGGCCGGUGACUUUGCCGGACGAUGCUUUGAUGUUCUAUCAAAGCGACCGAUGCGUACUGAGCCGGGAGACAUGACCAUAGACGAGGUCAACGAGAAACUGGAUAGUUUGUCCGCUGCAUCGAAAGAGGAUGAGCAGGUGCCCAUUCUCACAGAAUUCUACCGGCGUAUGAAUCCCGAAGAGCUUCUCUGGCUCAUACGUAUCAUUCUCCGGCAGAUGAGGAUUGGCGCGACUGAGCGCACGCUAUUUGAUGUCUGGCACCCCGACGCCGAGAACUUGUACAGUAUAUCUAGCAGUUUACGUCGUGUCUGCUGGGAGCUUUAUGAUCCUAAUAUUCGACUCGAGGGUGAAGACCGCGGUGUUGGGCUGAUGCAAUGCUUCCAGCCCCAGCUGGCUCAAUUCCAAAUGCAUUCGUUUGAGAAGAUUAUCGCCCGGAUGAAGCCGACGGAAGGGGAUAAUGUUUUCUGGAUUGAAGAAAAGCUCGACGGUGAACGUAUGCAGAUGCAUAUGGUUCCUGAUGAUUCAGUGAACGGGGGUCGGAGAUUCGGGUUUUGGUCGCGUAAAGCCAAAGACUAUGCCUACCUCUAUGGAACUGGAAUCUAUGAUGAAAACGGGGCAAUGACAAGACAUCUAAAAGAUGCUUUUGUGGACGGGGUGCAGAGCAUUAUACUUGAUGGCGAGAUGAUCACUUGGGACCCGGAGCAGGACGCCAUCGUUCCCUUCGGCACACUCAAGACCGCAGCGCUGGCUGAACAGCGGAAUCCGUUUUCAAAGGGCCACAGGCCCUUGUUCCGCGUGUUUGAUAUUUUGCAUCUCAACGGACGCGAUUUGACAAAGUAUACACUGCGUGAUCGUCGAAAUGCCAUGGCCAAGACAAUCCGACCUGUCCACCGUCGAUUUGAGAUCCACCCUUACGAGGAGGCUACCAACACCACGGAAGUCGAAGCAGCUCUACGGAAGGUCGUUGCAGAGGCCUCGGAAGGGUUGGUGUUGAAGAACCCACGCUCUCCAUAUCGACUGAAUGAGCGCCAUGACGAUUGGAUGAAAGUCAAGCCAGAUUACAUGACCGAGUUUGGAGAAUCUCUUGAUGUCAUUGUAAUCGGCGGGUAUUAUGGUUCUGGACAUCGAGGAGGCGCCCUAGCCAGCUUUUUGUGCGGGCUCCGAGCCGACGACAAUCCUAGUACCGGCCCAGGAUCUAUGAAAUGCUGGUCCUUCUGCAAGGUUGGUGGCGGUUUCACUGCGGCUGAUUACCAGGAAGUCCGUCAUCACACAGAUGGGAAGUGGAAGGAAUGGGAUGUGAAAAAUCCACCAACCACCUACAUAGAAUUGGCCGGCGGCGAUGCUCAGAUCGAACGGCCUGAUAUGUGGAUCAAACCAUCCGAGUCAAUCGUUCUGAGCGUGAAGGCUGCUUCCGUGGCAGUCAGCGAAACAUUCCGCAUGGGAAUGACUUUGCGUUUUCCCCGCUUCAAGAAAUUGCGCAAGGACAAGGACUGGAAAAGUGCUCUAUCUGUCCAGGGAUUCCUGGAUCUCAAAUCAAAUGCUGAGCAGGAGCACCGCGAGAAGGAGUUCGCAGUGGACAACUCUCGAAAGAAGCGAGUCAAGAGGGCCACCAAGAAGCCGUUGACCGUCGCUGGACACGACGAGAAUAUUGGCAAUCAGUACAUCGGACCUUCUGGAAAUAUGUUCGAUAAACUUAACUUCUUCAUCAUAACCGAAUCAACUGUGCCAGAAAAAAAAACAAAGCUCCAGCUGGAGCAGCUUGUGAAGGCUAACGGGGGUAAGAUCUAUCAAACCAACACAGCGGCAACAGAUACGAUAUGCAUUGCUGAGCGAAAGACGGUCAAGGUGGCUUCGAUCAUGAAUCAGGGUGAACAACACAUCAUUCGUCCGUCCUGGCUACUCGACUGUGUCAAGCAAACUGAAAAAGACGCCGGAAUGCCUGACCUCCUUCUCCCAUUCGAACCUAGACAUAUGUUCUUCGCAAUGGAAGAUAGGGAAGAAGAAUUCACAGUCAAUGUCGACCAAUUCUCCGACAGCUACGCCCGCGAUACAACCGUGGAAGAGCUCACAGAUAUUCUCAAGCGGAUGAACGAUUCUGCCGAGGUGCCCAAUCACAUCGAUUCAAGAACAGCCCAGAGAGUAGAGAUUCGCAUCCAGGACCGCGUCAAUGCAGGCUAUACUGCUCCCUGUGGUUGGCUUUUCCGCGGCCUAACGUUGUUGCUUCACUCCGAGUCUCGUUCAGAUAGCCAGAAACCCCAUCGAAUACACCUUGCACAAAAUACUGCCCGCUUUGCUGGUGCGGAUAUUGCAAAUUCCUUGGAAGACUCGGGUAUCACACAUGUGGUUAUUGACUCGGAUAUAUUGACUUCGGAGGAGAUAUCUGCUCUUCGGAAGUCUCUUGCUGAUAGAUCUGGUUCUAAGAUACCGCAUCUUGUUAGCUUAGAUUGGGUGGAGGAGAGUUGGAAACAUGGAACCCUGCUGGACGAGGAGAGAUUCCAAGUUCGACGGUAA